AUGAAGUUCUCUCACCUCGCAUCCACUCUUUUGCCCGCAGCUGGCACCCUCGCGCAGGUUUUCGCGCCCUACACCGACGAAAAUGGCAUCGAUUUCUGGCAGGCCACGUUCGACACCGCCGUCAAAGGUACUCCGGGCAAGGCGCAAUGGGGUAUGGCCCUCCCACCAGCAACGGCGAGCGCGCUUGAAAACGAAUACAUUGGCCAUCUCGUAGUCCCGAAGGCGGACUCGGGAACUUGGAUGGGGUUGACCCACAACAGCGGCAUGACUGGCGCACUGCUUCUUGUCACCUGGCCAGAUGGAGAUGAGGUCAAGACUUCGUUCAGAUAUGCCUCCGGCUACGUGGCUCCGGACAUCUAUACUGGCAACGCAACGCUCUCCGUCAUCUCACAAUCCAGCAACAAGACACACUACGAGAUCACGUACCGCUGCGAAGAAUGCUGGAGAUGGAGCCAAGACGGCGUGGCUGGCUCCCAGGUUCCCGCCACGACCAAGUCUGCAGCACAAGUCAUGGGCUGGGCUUAUGGUACCAGUGCGCCCACCAAACCUGGCAAUGCGGGCUCGGAUAUCAAGCAGCACGCGAACGACGGUCUUUGGGGAGCUGCAGUGCAAUCCGCUCGUAACAACGCUUACACCAAGUGGACCAAGCUGGCAACCUCUGCUGCGCCAACCAAGUCUCCCGCCGCAAGUGCUAGUCCCACCGCAGCAUCAUCAGUGGCUGCUUCCUCCUCAGCCGCUCCAACGCCAACCUCAGCAAAAUGCCCUAAGAGCAACCCGGUGACGAAGCAGACUUUCGACUACAUCAUUGUAGGCGCUGGAGCUGGUGGCAUUCCUCUGGCAGAUAAGCUGUCUGAAUCGGGCGCCAGUGUCCUCUUGAUCGAACGUGGACCUCCAUCCUCAGGCCGAUGGGGUGGAACCAUGAAGCCAAAGUGGCUCGAGGGCACCAACCUCACCCGCUUUGACGUUCCUGGUCUUGACAACGAGAUCUGGGCGGACUCUACUGGUAUCGCUUGUAACGAUGUUGGCGUCAUGGCCGGAUGUGUGCUUGGCGGUGGCACUGCUGUUAACGCUGGACUGUGGUGGCGCGCCAACCCAGCGGAUUUUGAUUACAACUUCCCAGAAGGAUGGAAAGCGUCUGACAUGGAGGAUGCGGUCGCUCGUGUCUUCAAUCGCGUGCCGUUUACCGACCACCCCUCCACGGACGGUAUCAUUUACAAGCCUCAAGGCUACAACGUCGUGGCUGGCGCACUCGCUGCUUCAGGCUGGAAGAACGUCACCGCGGAUCUUGUCCCAGAGCAGAAGAACUUCACCUUCUCUCGACCCGACCAUAUGUUCUCAAAUGGCGAGCGUGGCGGUCCAAUGGCAACCUACCUCGUCACAGCGAGCGAGAGGGACAACUUCCAGCUCCUCACCGACACCACAGUUGCUCGUCUCGUCCGCAACGGCACGGAAGUCACUGGUGUCGAGAUUGAGGCCUUCCUCAGAGGCGGACAGUGUGGCACCGUCAACGUCAAGGCUGGCGGCAAAGUCAUCCUCAGCGCCGGAGCUUUCAACACGCCCAAGAUCCUCUUCCGCUCUGGCAUCGGACCAAAGGACCAGCUCAAGGUCGUGAAAGGCGCCGAGCCGGAGAAGAUGAUCGCUAAGGACCAGUGGAUCGAUCUGCCUGUUGGUUACAACCUCGACGACCACGUGAACACGGACAUUGUCAUUACUCACCCCAACGUGAGCUUUUACGACUUCUACAAGGCGUACGACAACCCGAUCAAAGCCGACGCGAAGAGCUACCUCGACAGCCGCACUGGCAUCUUGGCUCAAUCUGCUCCUAACCUUGCGACUGUGUUCUGGCACGAGGUCGAAGGCGCUGAUGGCAUCACUCGCCAGCUGCAGUGGACUGCACGUGUUGAAGGAGGGCACGACAUCACGAGCAAGAAGGCGAUGGUCAUCUCGCAGUACCUUGGCCGUGGUGCGACUUCACGUGGUCGGACUACCAUCAACGCUGCGCUGGAUAUGUCAGUCUCAACCACGCCUUACCUGAACAACAAGCACGAUCUCGCGGCUGUGCAGUCGGGCAUUGAGACCCUAUUCGAAGCGCUUUCUGCGGACCCAAAGAUCGAGAUCGUGUAUCCCAGCUCAAACCAGACGAUUCCUGAGUUCCUUGCAGCCUACCCGAAGACAACUGGAUCUCGAUCCGCCAACCACUGGAUGGGCAGCUGUGCCAUGGGCACAGACUCGGGUCUCGAAGGUGGGACCGCCGUCGUCGACACCAAUGCCAAAGUCUACGGCACGGACAACUUAUUCGUCGUCGACGCCUCAAUCUUCCCUGGCAUGGUGUCGACGAACCCGAGCGCGCUGAUCGUUGCGGCGGCGGAGCAUGCUUCGGAGUUGAUCUUGAAGAUUGGCGGUGGUGAUGGCGCGAGCACUGGUGGCAACACUACGGCCCCUGCUGGAUCUACCCCCUCCGGAUCGCCUGCACCCUCUGGCUCUCCCUCGACCGGCGGCGGCAGUGGCGCCGUGGAAGCUUACCAGCAAUGCGGCGGCUCAGGCUACACGGGCAGCAGUUCGUGCGUUUCGGGGUUCACCUGCAAGGUCUGGAAUGAUUACUACUCCCAGUGCGUGCCUGCGUAA